AUGCUGUUUUCCUGGAGAGGAGGCCCAGGAGCUCGGCUUUUGCUACUCUCGCUUCUGUUCCUUGUAGUCUGGGUGGCGGGGAGCGGCCAGGUCCACUACUCGGUUCCGGAGGAGGCCAAACACGGAACUUUCGUGGGCCGCAUAACGCAGGACCUGGGGCUGGAGCUGGCGGAGCUGGUGCCGCGUCUGUUCCGGGUGGCAUCCAAAGGCCGCGGGGACCUUCUGGAGGUAAAUCUGCAGAAUGGCAUUUUGUUUGUGAAUUCUCGGAUCGACCGGGAGGAGCUGUGCGGGCGGAGCGCGGAGUGCAGCAUCCACCUGGAAGUGAUCGUGGACCGGCCGCUGCAGGUGUUCCAUGUGGAGGUGGAAGUUACAGAUAUUAACGACAACCCGCCUGUGUUCCCUGAAAGUGAAAAAAGAAUAAUCAUUGCUGAAUCUAGACCUCCGGAAACUCGGUUCCCACUAGAUGGCGCAUCUGAUGCAGAUAUUGGAGUAAACUCCGCCUUGACCUACCGAGUCUAUCCCAACGAUUAUUUCACUUUGGACACACAAAACAACCGUGAACAAACGUCUUCGUUAUCACUUGUGUUAAGGAAAUCACUGGACAGAGAGGAAAUUCAGGAACAUAGUUUAUUAUUGACAGCUAGUGAUGGAGGCAAACCUGAGCUGACCGGCACAGUUCAGCUGCUGAUUACAAUCCUGGAUGUGAAUGAUAACGCCCCAGAAUUUGAUCACUUAAUUUAUAAAGUGAGAAUGUUAGAGAAUGCAUUUAAUGGAACAUUAGUGAUCAAACUAAAUGCCACAGACCCUGAUGAUGGGACAAAUGCAGACAUAAUCUACUCAUUUAGAAGACCUGUAUCACCUGCAGUAUUAUAUGCGUUUUCCAUAAAUCCCGGCAGCGGAGAAAUUCGGACAAAAGGUAAAUUGGAUUUCGAAGAAAAGAAAUUGUAUGAAAUACCCGUGGAAGCAAUUGACAAGGGGAAUAUUCCAAUGGCGGGUCAUUGUACCAUUUUGGUGGAAAUAGUAGAUAUAAAUGAUAACGCCCCAGAAGUUACCGUCACUUCUUUGGCUCUUCCGAUGCGAGAGGACGCUCAAGUGGGCACUGUCAUCGCCUUGAUCAGCGUGUCCGACCGUGACUCCGGCGCCAACGGGCAGGUGACCUGCUCCCUGAUGCCCCACAGCCCCUUCAAGCUGGUGUCCACCUUCAAGAAUUACUAUUCGCUGGUGCUGGACAGCGCCUUGGACCGCGAGAGCGCGGCGAACUAUGAGGUGGUGGUGACAGCGCGGGACGCGGGCUCGCCUUCCCUGUCGGCCACAGCCAGCGUGUCCGUGGAGGUGUCCGACGUGAACGACAACGCGCCCGCGUUCGCGCAGCCCGAGUACACGGUGUUGGUGAAGGAGAACAAUCCGCCCGGCUGCCACAUCUUCACGGUGUCGGCGCGGGACGCGGACGCGCAGGAGAACGCGCUGGUGUCCUACUCGCUGGUGGAGCGGCGGGUGGGCGAGCGAGCGCUGUCGAGCUACGUGUCGGUGCACGCGGAGAGCGGCAAGGUGUACGCGCUGCAGCCGCUGGACCACGAGGAGCUGGAGCUGCUGCAGUUCCAGGUGAGCGCGCGCGACGCGGGCGUGCCGCCUCUGGGCAGCAACAUGACGCUGCAGGUGUUCGUACUGGACGAGAACGACAACGCGCCGACGCUGCUGCCCGGGCCGGGCGGCAGGGCGGGAGCGCUGAGCCAGCGGGUGGCUCGGUCGGUGGGCGCGGGCCACGUGGUGGCGAAGGUGCGCGCGGUGGACGCGGACUCGGGCUACAACGCGUGGCUGUCGUACGAGCUGCAGCCGGCGGCGGGUGGCGCGCGCAGCCCGUUCCGCGUGGGGCUGUACACGGGCGAGAUCAGCACGACGCGCGCCCUGGACGAGGCGGACGCGCCGCGCCAGCGCCUGCUGGUGCUGGUGAAGGACCACGGCGAGCCGGCGCUGACGGCCACGGCCACCGUGCUGCUGUCGCUGGAGGACAACGGCCAGGCGCCCAAGGUCUCUUCGCGGGCGUCGACGGGCGCCGCUGGCGCGGAGGCCGCUCUGGUGGAUGUGAACGUGUACCUGAUCAUCGCCAUCUGCGCGGUGUCCAGCCUGUUGGUGCUCACGCUGCUGCUGUACACGGCGCUGCGGUGCUCGGCGCCGCCCAGCGAGGGCGCGUGCGGGCCCGGGAAGCCCACGCUGGUGUGCUCCAGCGCGGUGGGGAGCUGGUCUUACUCGCAGCAGAGGCGGCAGCGGGUGUGCUCUGGGGAGGGGCCGCCCAAGACCGACCUCAUGGCCUUCAGCCCCAGCCUUCCUCCUUGUCUGAGUUCUGCAGAGGUAACAGGUGAAAUAGAACCAGAUUCAGAACAGUUGAAAGAGGUGUCGUGGUUCACGGUCACGGUUCCGCCUCUCAGCGCCUCCGCCCCGCGGUUCCUGUCGGAGUUCCGCCCUCUCCGCGGGCACUGUAGGGAGUCGGUGGGUCCGAGCGCCCAGGACCCGACGCUCCGCUUUCAAGCAGUCGCGGAGAAACGCCAGCCGAGCUCAGCCCCAGUUAUAAACUGUCUUCAGGCGGCGCUGCACUUCUCCGCACCCGGCCCGCACCGCUUUCCCAGACGGCUGCCAAGCCUCCAGUCUAGCAAGCCUAGCUCGCAGCCGGCCGGCCCCGGGCAAUUCCGGUAUUCGGAAGGCGAACGUCGGCGGUCUCUGCACCUCCAGUCGGCAGCAGCGGCCGCGGGACAGCUCGAAUACUCCGUGUCGGAGGAGACCGAACGGGGCGUAGCCGUAGGCAAUGUUGCCCAGGACUUGAGGCUGUCAGCGGCCUCCCUGUCCUUGCGGAACUUUCGCUUCCUUUCCAGCCACGGUGAGCCCUACUUCGAGGUCGAUCUGGCCAGCGGAAGCUUGGUGGUCAGAGAGUCGGCGGAUCGCGAACGGCUGUGCGGGGACAAAGCUGCCUGCGUCCUGACCUAUGAGCUGGUGCUGGAGGACCCGCUGGAGCUGCGCAAGAUGCACGUUCACGUCCUGGACACCAACGACAACUCGCCUCACUUCCCUGCCGGCGACGUGCAGUUGCACAUUCCCGAGUUCCUGAUGCCCGGAGCCCGUUUUACUCUCCCUAAUGCCCAAGAUGCCGACGAGGGAAGCAAUGGGGUGCUAAGCUACAGCCUGAGCCCCAGCCAGCACUUUCUCCUGGACAUGGGGUCGCGGGUCGACGGCAGCGAAUACCCGGAGUUGGUAUGGGAGAAAGCUCUGGAUCAGGAGCAGCGUGCCACCCACCGGCUGGUGCUCACCGCCCGGGACGGCGGGCUGCCGGCGCGCUCCGGAGACGCACAAGUCACCAUCGUCGUGGUGGACACAAACGACAAUGCACCUGUAUUUGAGCGCUCAGUAUACCCCUCGGACCCGGAUGAAGGCUCCAAUGGGGAAAUCCGGUACUCCUUAAGCAAUAGCACGCAGGCAAAGCUGCGACACCACUUUCACGUGCACCCUAGAAAUGGGGAAGUGCGGGUAGCUGCUUCACUAGGUCCGCCUGAAGCGCUGUUGGAGGCAUACAUCGAGGCGAGGGAUGAAGGUGCCUUCGGUCUAGCCAGCACCGCCAAACUUCUGGUGGAAGUGACUGAUGUGAACGAUCACGCUCCCGAGGUGAACCUCCUCACUUUCUCCAGUCCAGUUUCCGAGGACACCGCCGCUGGCACAGUGAUUGCCCUCCUUAGUGUAAGGGAUGAGGACCUUGGUCCCAAUGAUAAGGUCAUUUGUAGCAUGUCCACUGGAGGCCCUUUUAAGCUGAAGGCUCCCUUUGACAACUACUACAGCUUGCUGACUGAUGGGCCGCUGGACCGGGAGCAGGAACUUCUUGUGGCUGAAAACAAUGGCCCUGGGGCCUCCUUAGGACGUGUGUUUGCCCAGGACCCAGAUCUGGGGAAGAAUGGCAUCGUCUUUUAUGAGCUGUUGGAUAUUAUCUCUGAAGGGCAGGCAGCCUCUAACUUGGUGGCAGUAGACUCCUCCAGUGGGGCUAUCACUGCCAAAAUUUCCUUUGACUUUGAGCAGCUCAGGGGGUGUCACUUCCAAGUGGAAGCCGAGGAUGGUGGCAUUCCUCCCAGAAGUGCAACAGUGACUGUGAACUUGUUUGUGGUAGACAGGAACGACAAUGCUCCAGUCAUCUUGUUUCCCUUGCCCAGAAAUGGCUCUGUCCCAGUGGAAAUUGUGCCCCGCUCUGCCAGAACAGGACACUUGGUCACAAAAGUGGUAGCAGAAGAUGCAGAAAAUGGCUCCAAUGCUUGGCUUUCCUACUACAUCUCUCAGGCUUCUGACUCGAGCCUUUUUAGAAUUUCAGCCAAUAUGGGAGAGCUCCAUACUGCUCGCUUAGUUCUUCCCACUGAUGCAGUUAAACAGAGGGUGGUGGUAGUGGUUCGGGACCAUGGAGACCCAUCACUUUCCACCUCUGUCACACUGGGCGUUCUGUUGAGCAACUCUGUGCCUCGAGUCCUUCCAGACUUUGAAGAUGGCUGGGAAACAGGCGGGCACCUGUCCGCCCAGAACCUGUAUUUAGUAAUUGCCCUGGCCUGUGUUUCCUUUUUAUUUCUGGGGUGCUUACUUUUCUUUGUGAGUAGCAAGUUGAGCCAGAUCCCAGGUUGUUGCUCUCAGAGCUGCUGUCGCUCUCCAGAGGAGUUGAGAUAUGGAAGCAAGAUGGCUUCGAAUCCUUGCAUGACAUCUGCCACAAUAGAUGUCACUACAGUCGAAAGACUUUCUCAGACCUAUCUCUAUCGGGCCUCUCUGGGACUUGGUUCUGACAAUAACAGUUUGCUGUUGCAUGGGGAAUACAGUGCUGCUGACCUGAGAAAUUUGGCCUCUGGGGUAGGACUGAAUGUGCCAAUAUCCUGUAUUCAGACUCAGAAUAGGAAAGAGGAUCGUGCAAAUGUCAAUGCCAUGAAUAAUCUCCUUACAAGACCAGAUCAGCAGCCGAGGGACCGUGGAGACCGGCUGAACAGGACAGUGGGGGCAGGGAAAAAGGGAGUGGCCGUGUUCCCGGGGUCUGCUGGGAUCCGGCCGGUCCGGGGCGAAGGAGCUGGGGCUGGAGUGGCUGGAGCGACUGGGCAGUCCGGGUCGCCGUCCGCCACCUCGGGCGGCACGAGCGGAGGCGGAGGCGCGGCCCCGGCGUGGAGCACGGCUGGGGAAGCUGCUGCCUCCGGCCCUGCCCGGCUGCCUCCGCCGCGGCCGGUGGCUAUGGAGCUGGCGGGUACCAGACCUGGGGCAACAGAGCAUCCCCGACUCCGGACGCCCAUGUCCUGGCUGCUGCUGCUUUUCCUGCUGCUACUGCUGCUGCCGGGCCCAGCGGCCUCCCAGCUGCGAUACUCGGUGCCGGAGGAGCAGACACCUGGCGCGCUUGUGGGCAACGUGGCUCGCGCGCUGGGGCUGGAGCUGCGGCGCUUGGGGCCGGGCUGCCUGCGUAUCAACCACCUGGGUGCGCCCAGCCCGCGCUACCUGGAGCUGGACCUGACCAGUGGAGCUCUCUUCGUCAACGAGCGCAUCGACCGGGAGGCGCUGUGUGAGCAGCGGCCUCGCUGCCUGCUCAGCCUGGAAGUGCUGGCGCACAGCCCCGUGGCGGUGAGUGCCGUGGAGGUGGAGGUACUGGACAUCAACGACAACUCGCCGCGCUUCCCGCGGCCCGACUACCAGCUUCAGGUAAGCGAAUCGGUGGCACCUGGAGCGCGCUUUCACAUAGAGAGCGCGCAGGACCCCGACGUGGGCACCAACUCGGUGCAGACCUACGAGCUCAGCCCCAGCGAGCACUUCGAGCUGGACCUGAAACCCCUGCAGGAGAACAGUAAGGUGCUGGAGCUGGUGCUGCGUAAGGGCCUAGACCGCGAGCAGGCAGUCUUGCACCACCUGGUUCUCACAGCUGUGGACGGGGGCAGCCCUGCCCGCUCGGGCACCGCGCAGAUCUCUGUGCUUGUCCUGGACACUAACGACAAUUCUCCCGCCUUCGACCAGUCCACUUACCGCGUCCAGCUUCGGGAGGACGCGCCCCCAGGCACAUUGGUGGUGAAGCUGAAUGCCUCAGACCCGGAUGAGGGCUCCAAUGGCGAGCUCACGUACUCCUUGAGCAGCUACACGUCGGACCGGGAGAGGCAGCUCUUCAGCAUCGACGCCAGCACGGGGGAAGUGCGGGUAAGUGGAGAGCUGGAUUAUGAGGAGGCCUCUUCCUACCAGAUCUAUGUGCAGGCAACAGACCGGGGUCCAGUGCCCAUGGUGGGUCACUGCAAGGUGCUGGUGGACAUCGUGGACGUGAAUGAUAACGCACCAGAGGUGGUGCUCACGGACCUGUACAGCCCAGUGCCUGAAGAUGCUGCCCCCAACACCGUUGUGGCCCUUCUCAAUGUCAAUGACCAAGACUCAGGUCCCAACCGGAAAGUGAGCCUGGGCCUGGAGGCCACACUGCCUUUCCGACUGAAUGGCUUUGGAAACUCCUACACACUGGUGGUGAGUGGCCCCCUGGACAGGGAGCAGGCGGCUGCCUACAACAUCACAGUGACGGCCACUGAUGGGGGAGUACCACAGCUCACAUCCCAGCGGACACUGCAGGUUGAGAUCUCUGACAUCAAUGACAAUCCGCCCAGCUUCCUGAAGGACUCCUACUCCAUUUACAUCGAGGAGAACAAUUUGCCAGGGGUGUUGCUCUGCACUGUGCAAGCCACAGACCCAGAUGAAAAGGAGAAUUCGGAGGUGACCUACUCCCUCCUGGAGAGGGAGAUUCAAGGGCUGCCAGUCACCUCCUAUGUCUCCAUUAACAGUGCCAGUGGCAGCCUUUAUGCUGUCAACUCCUUUGAUUAUGAGAAGUUUCGGGAGUUCUUUGUGACUGUGGAGGCCCGGGACAAGGGGAGCCCACCACUGAGCAGCACUGUGACCACCAACGUGUAUGUAGUGGACGUGAAUGACCAUGCCCCUCACAUCCUAUAUCCUACCUCAACCAAUUCGUCAGCAGCCAUUGAAAUGGUGCCUCGAACUGCCCCUGCUGGCUACCUGGUCACUAAAGUCAUAGCCAUGGACUCAGACUCUGGGCAGAAUGCUUGGCUCUUUUACCAUCUGGCCCAGAUUUCUGACCUGGACCUCUUUAAAGUAGAGCUACAUACAGGAGAAAUUAGGACUACCAGGAAGAUGGGAGAUGAGAGUGGAACCACUUUCAACCUGACCGUGGUGGUCCGAGACAAUGGAGAGCCAUCGCUGUCAGCCUCUGUGGCCAUUACAGUAGCUGUGGUGGAUAGGGUUUCCAGAAUCCUCCCUGACACUCAGAGACAUGUGAGAAGUCCUCGGACAUACUCUGAAAUUACACUUUAUCUAAUCAUAGCAUUAAGCACAGUGUCUUUUAUAUUUCUUUUGGCAAUCAUUGUUUUGAGCAUCAUCAAGUGCUACCGCUACACUGCUUAUGGCACUGCGUGCUGUGGAGGCUUCUGUGGAGUGAGGGAGAGGUGCCCUGCAGAACUCUACAAACAGGCCAACAACAAUAUUGAUGCCAGGAUACCACACGGCCUCAAAGUGCAGCCUCACUUCAUUGAAGUGCGAGGGAACGGCUCCCUCACCAAGACCUACUGCUACAAGGCCUGUCUGACAGCAGGCUCAGGGAGUGACACUUUCAUGUUUUACAACACAGGGGCGCAGACAGGACUGGGACCUGGGGGAGCCCAAGCAGCAGCAGGUGACAGCAGGCACCUCACAGGCCAAAGUGGGCAGAGUGCUGGGAACCUGAUUAUUCUAAAAAACGAAGCUGUUUCUCAAAAUGAGCCCCGACAACCCAACCCUGACUGGCGUUACUCUGCCUCCCUGAGAGCAGGAAUGCACAGCUCUGUGCACCUGGAAGAGGCUGGCAUUCUACGAGCUGGUCCAGGAGGGCCUGAUCAGCAGUGGCCAACAGUAUCCAGUGCGACACCAGAACCAGAGGCAGGAGAGGUGUCCCCUCCAGUCGGUGCUGGUGUCAACAGCAACAGCUGGACCUUUAAGUACGGACCAGGCAACCCCAAACAAUCUGGUCCCGGUGAGUUGCCAGACAAAUUCAUUAUCCCAGGAUCUCCUGCAAUCAUCUCCAUCCGGCAGGAGCCUACUAACAGCCAAAUUGACAAAAGUGACUUCAUAACCUUCGGCAAAAAGGAGGAGACCAAGAAAAAGAAGAAAAAGAAGAAGGGUAACAAGACCCAGGAGAAAAAAGAGAAAGGGAACAGCACGACUGACAACAGUGACCAGUGAGGUCAUCUAAUGGAAACAAGCCACUUAGCCAGUUUUUGUAAUAAUGGCAAAUCUCUCCCAUGUAGCAACUCCCUACUCCUUUUUCCUAUCCACAUGAGCCCUUUCUUAUAGACCUCAGAAAUCUGCAGAAA